UUUAUGUGCACGAAAACAUUUACACAACACAUCCCGACCGCAUAUUUGAAAAACGUUCGCUGUCCAAAUCAUCAUGACGUACUUCCCUUCGUUAUUUUCGGACAAAUUCCAGGUAGAGAAGUAUAUUUGUUUGGACGAAAUUUGUCGACAGAGGAAGGGAGAGUGCGCGUUUCACACAAAAGUCACGAAACUGCGUCUUUGUUUCUCACUUAUAAAGACGAGCGCGGGAAUUAGCUGUCAUUCUAUUCACGCUUUCAUAAGUGAUCAACUUCAAAUCUACUUAAACGAUCAGAUCAACGUAAAAGAAUGUUGCCUUUUACAAGAUUAUUGUUCUGUUAAAAUAAACAACAAGAAGAAAAAAUUUACGUAUAUUUUACAGCUGGGACAAGCGAAUAUUUGGUACAUUUUGUUGACAACAUAGUCUGUGGCACUUAGCUGUUAAAGCCUGCUAUCAGACGAUACUUGCUGGACUAUAAAAUAAUCGAACUCGCGGAUAAUUUACGAAAAACGUUCGUUGACCGAAUAUAUUUCAAGGAGUUUCAUUGAUACAACUCAGUUUUUAUCAGAAAGAGCUAGAAGUAUCCCAGACGGUAGACAUAGAUUGUUGUUCUUUGAGUUUCCAUAGCCUGUUUUUGGUUAUUACUGGAUUUCGACGUUAAUCCUCACGUUUUUUUGCUUAUUGUCGCAGUGUUUUGAGGUUUGUCGCAAUCAUGAAAGUGCAUAUUGUUGCGAAUUUCUCUAAUUUGUCAGCUUAAUGAACCCAUGAACGGAUUCUUAAGUGGACACCGCGAUUAAAUCAAUCGUCUCAUCCUGGAUAUCUACUCACGAGUAUACUGUUUGCCGGAAAUCAAUUUAGGAAGAUAUAUCGUUGUGUCGCUGGUAUUCUUUCAUUACAUUCCAUACACGCAUUAUCAAAGUCGAGCAAUCUCGCUGGGUAACUGAACGGCAUUCAAAGCACCUUUUUGUCAAUUUAAAUAUUCACUGCAACGUUCGACAAGACUCGCGAAGGUGUAAAACAUCUCGAUAUCGACGGUUCGUGCAACUGAAAGAGGAUUCGUACCUCAGGCUAUAAUAUACUAUGUACAAUUCAAGAAAACCUAAAGUGUUAUUUCGACCGGCAAGAUGGUUGAUUUCAUCGUUGCGCUACGGUUUUUUAAUGCCGUUGGCUUGCGGUAAGCGCAUGUUCGCAGAACAGAAAGAUGAGGAUUUUUCCACGCACAUUCAGUGGGUGAACAGUAAAAUAAAGGACCCAAAUUAUCACAUAGAGUCAUUGACAGACCUUGCUCAGGGAACACCUCUGCUCCAGCUUGUUGACAGUUGUAUUAAAAACACGUACAAAUCCAAACACGAAUUUGUGUUUGGCGAAUUGGACGAUUCGCGUAGCCUCAGUUUGGUCAAAGUGAAGGUUGCCGUUACUUUGAUGGAAGCGAAGGGGGUGAUAGGAACUAACGAGUUCUCGCCCGAACUCAUUGCGGCUGGCGACCUUGAACAGAUUCGCGGGGUUGUUGUUAAACUUGCUUUAUUUCCUACAACCCUACCGCGUUGUAAACACACUGCGCACGGCGCAACGAAUGAAGACUGUAGCGACAAUGUUAUCACAGAGGUUUGGUGAUGGAGUAUGUUCUAAGAUCACGAUGAGCCGUAUGCUCUGCUCAGGAUCUGCUUUGGCCAUCCUUGAUUCCUUACAGUUUAGGGUGCUACAAAAAUAGAUGCAUUAAGAUUUUUUAUGCAUUAUCUAGAAUGGGAGUCUCUUCGUGCAAAGACCAUGAUCAUGCGUAUGUUGCCUGAAAGGUGUCUUUUAACUCGACGAAAAACUAAAUGGGGACAACUUAUUGCAUUAGCAACAAUGCUGCGAGGUUUUACAAAAUUGUUUUUAUGCUUUGAUAUUUAUUCCAACGAGUGUAAUUUUAUAUGUAAAUAAAUACGCAUGCAGUGAUAAUCCAGAAUAUAUUGCUUAAAGAUUAGCAACAAGUUGAGAUACCGAUUUAAGCAAACAUCAUUUGCGUUUCUGGUCUUUUUGAACGUCUCAUUUAUUAGCAUGCAAAUUCGUUCUGAAUUCCAAAUAUUUUCGUUUGGAUUCGUAAAUCACGUGGCAACGUAAUAACACGGAAAUAGAAACUAGUCGCGUUUCGCUUCGAUUAUUGUACUAAUAAUAAGGGAGUUGGAGAAACCACUUCCGCCCGAAGCAGUAAAUGUGUCAUUUUUGUCAAUACCAUAUUAAAUAAUAAAUUUAUGACUUUCUGCUACACGUUUUUGCGUACAUGAACUGACCGAGUAACUAUCAAUUUAAGGUUGCUCGAAAUCCUUCAUAACAUUCUGGCUCUUCAAAGGAAUUCAAAAGGAAUUCAAAACAAGCCUCUGAGUUAAGUAUCGAAACGAGCAGUUCACGAUAGCAGUCCAGAAUUGUAUCUUGCCAAAAUGAACGACGAGGUGGAAGAACAAUUUCAUCGUUUCGAGGAGAGAAUUAGAACACUUAGUGAGCUCGAUAAGAAUGGGGUAUCCGGUUUUGCCCGCGAAUUUCAGAAACUUCGACAGAUGUCGAGCCAAUACAAGGAACAAGGAAACCCCGUUUAUGCGACAAAACAUGGACAGCUGCCAGCCAACAAAGUCAAGAAUCGAUUUAAAGACAUAUUGCCAUUCGAUAAUUCAAGGGUUACUCUUCCUUCGUCUGGCGAAGAAGGCUCAGAUUACAUAAAUGCAAAUUUCAUCAAGGGUUUAAAGGGCGAUCGCGAAUACAUCGCGUCGCAAGGUCCGUUGUCACACACGGUCAAUGAUUUUUGGCGAAUGGUUUGGACUUAUAAAGUAAAGGUUGUUGUUAUGCUUUGUAAAGAAGAAGAAAGUAAAAAAAAAAAGUGUCAGCGUUACUGGUGUGAGAGCGACGAACCAACAAUAACUUUUGGUGCCAUUGUCGUCAAAACCGAAAGAACCAUUAACGUACAAAAUAACUUUGUGAUGCGAACGUUGCUGGCAAAAUGUGGAGAGGAAUCACUAAAACUGACGCAAUUCCAUUACACGGCUUGGCCAGAUCAUGGUGUUCCAAAGACCACGUUACCUUUGAUUGAAUUAAUCAAAAUGGUCCGUGAUUGUAGACGUGACAACUGUCCAAUUGUUUUACAUUGCAGUGCCGGUUGUGGUCGAACGGGUACCAUAUGUGCUAUGGAUUACAGUCACUCACUUCUAGAAGCAAAGCGGUACAAAGAAGUCGAUCCAUACCUCAUCGUCGAAAGUCUACGUAAACAACGACAUGCCAUGGUGCAAACGGCGGGUCAGUACGAGUUCCUCGGACACGCUAUGUUGUCCAUGUUCCGCGAAAAACUGAACCUCCCUGCUGAUAUUGACGACGACCACCUGUACGUAAAUGUCGAAUCCAAAUCUUUAAGUUCGGAUUCCGAAUCCGAGCCUAGCUCUCCCCUGCCGCCAAGUAAACAAACGAAAACGCCCCAAUCACCGCCCAGCAAUGAAAAUAAAAUUCAAAAAAUGCCCUCAGGCACACAGAUCGGUCCACCUUCGCCAGCACCUCGACAAAAGGUCGUCAGAAAUGCAAGUUUGUCUAAAACUUACGUUAACGUUAAUCGUGCAAAAACCCUUCCGCCAAACGCAAAUCAAAACAGCAGCAUCCUCGAACAUGCCUCAAGGAAGCCCGAGAGACACUCUUUACCGGCUUUCGUCAUUGAUCAUAAUCCAUCUAGUUUUUACCAAAAUGCUCCAGACAAAAAUCCUCGGUCGCAGGUCUCCAAUAAGCCGAGUCAAUACGAAAAUGUCCAAGUACCCGAACCGUACUCAGCACGUAGUGCUUCGACAACUGCGAAGCAAAUGGCUCAUCUUCGUUCUAACAGCUAUGAUCAAGGGGAUCGCACAUACCACGUCCUUGAGAACCCAACGAACAGUUCUGUUGGCUCUGGUAAAUCAUUACAACAGAUGCUAGACAGGGCCAAAGUUUUGCCGAAUAAUGUUUCAUCUUCAGAUGUGAAUGCAAAAGAUUUGCGAACGACAGCCUCCACUCUGCGGACACUGGUUCCAAGUCUGUGGGUUCUCUUGAUAAACCAUCAGAGUUUGCCAAAUCACGAAAUGCGUUAACGCCAUCUACGCCACAGGCUCCUAAAAGAAGAACGUCCCAGGCGCCAGGGCAGACUAACAUAGGUUACGGGGUAAGAAUUGGGAAGCCUAAAGGUCCCCGCAAUCCACCGAGUAGCUGGAAGGUGAAAGUUCAACACGUAUUUUAAGAUGCAAGACGACGAGGCUUUGGUUUAAAUGUUCUUUAAGAAGUAAAACGUCAAUACAAUCAAUCGUCGUAGUAGGAAAGAAUAAAUAUCGAAAAAAAUUUUUCUCCGUUUACUUGUACUGUGCCAGGAAAUUUUUCCCAAUUGUUUCACGCAUUUCUUGCGUUUUUGUCUCUUGCAGGAGUUUUUAUAGAAAUUAUUAGUAGAUUUAGAAUACAGGUGUAUUAAAUGGUUUAUCACAUUACCCUGUAAUCUGUAUUCUGUGAACUAAACAAUACCAUUUUGUAAUUUGCUAACUGCGUAUCUUUUCAGCAACUAAAAUAUUUCUCCUGAAAUUUUUAAGUUUUGCAGGAAAUUUCUAUUUUUUAAAAUUUGCUGCUAGGAAGUGAAAUGCGCAAGUACAUUUAAUGAUUGUAUUGUUUAGAUGAUAAUAUAAUAAAUCAUCACGCACCAUAUUUAUCAUGACCUGUUCCUAUUUCAACCGUUAGAUUUGCUGACGAAGGUGGAGUCCUAGAAUUUUUACACCAAACAUUUAUAAACUCCUUCGUCGGCCUUAAAUAUCGAAUGAAAGUACAAUUUUCCAUCUUGAAUUUCUAGUUUGUUUCUAAAUAUCGGAGCGUUGAUUUGUCAUUUGUAUAUUUUGGCAUAUCUUAAAUGAAAAUAUUUUUAAAAUGCUCUA